AUGGAAUCACACAAUUCAGGUUCAAGGAAUUCAAGGACAUCUAGAUAAUCAUUAGCUGAAGUUCUUUAGGCUCAUGAAGAAUAGUAGGAAUAGGAAUUGAAAUCGAAAUUGAAAAAAGCUUAAACAUUAAGUUAGAAAAAAAUAAGAUAGCAAUAAAUCUAAACUUUGAAAGAAUAAUCUUUAAGAGAGAUAUUGGGAUUUUUUACAAAUCAAAUAGAUGUUAAAAGAUUUUUAAAAAACAAAAAGAAAUUAUUAAGUAGUGAUGAUACAGAGUAAUCAGAGAAAUAUUAAGAUGAGUUUUUAAAUCCAAAUGAAUUUUAAGAAAUGAAACAUAUUUAUGGAGAUUGUAAUAUUGGUGAUCUUGUAAUUGUUUUUCCGAAUCCAGAUGAUGAAGAAGCUUUAGCAGGAGAGAUAACUUUUUUAGAAGCUGAAAAGGUUUUUGAUAAAUUUAUUACAGUUAUAACAGAUGAAGUUUCUAAGUCAUAUUUAAAAAAAGAAAGGGAUUCAUUUUUAUUAUCAUAUCUUACUUUAGGAGAUUAUGUUAAACCAGAGAAAAAGAAUAAGAAAUAGGAUGAUAAGAAAUAAAAUAAAGCUAAUAAUGAAAAUAAGAAUUAAGAAUAAAAUAAGAAAGAAAUUCAAAAAGAGGAUAACUAAAAUAAAGAAAAAUAAAAUUAAGUUGAUAAUCAAAAUAAUUAAGAAGAAGCUAAAUUAUUAUAAAACUAAAAAGAUUAACCAUCAAAAAUUAAUUCAAUAUAAUCUUAACAUUCUGAAAAUAAACCUUAAGAAGAAACUUCAUAUCAAAAAUAUUAAAAAUUUAUGAAACUUUAUGAAGUAUAAUUAUAAUUAGAGGAAGAAUAAUAUUAAUUAUAAAGAAAUGUUGCAAAAUAAAAUUAAGGAGAAUUAUUUUCUGAAGUGAAAUUUUCUUAAUAAUUUUAUAGAUAAUGGUAAAAAUAAAAAAAAUAAGAAGAUUUAAUUAUUGAUCCACUUAAAGAAUUACUUAAAAUUGAUCUUAAUAAUAUAAAAUAAUUUAAAAAUAUUAGUAAAUAAUUAAGCAAAGGAGGAUAUUUAGUAAAAAAAAUGAAUGAUGAAGUUGAUUAUGAUUGGAUUUGUUAAAAUACACCUCCAAAAGAUUUUUUAACUCUUGUUCGUAUAACAGUUAUUAAUAAAUUAUGUAGAAAUGCUUUUGUACAUUGUAGAUAAUUUGUUUCAACAACUGGUAAACAUAUUUUUGUUGUUGUUAAAAGUCAUCCAUAAGUUAUUACUAGAUAAGCUUAAAAAAUGAAAAUAACCAAAUAAAUUGAAAUGGGAUUUGCAGAUUUAUUUUCACUUGAACCUGUAGAUAAUUAAUUUAGACCUUUGAGAUUGAAAAGUUAUGUUAGAAUUAUUGAUGAUGAUUUAAGAAAUAUAUUUGCUUAAGAAGAAUAUGCUUAAUCUAAUGAACCUGAAUUUGAUUAUUUGAAUUGUUAAGAUGUUGAAAAUUAUUGUUUAAAAUUAUAUAUCAAAGUAAGAUAAUGGAAAGGAAAAGAUUUAAAAUAUAAUGUUGUUAAAAAACAAAGAGAUGUUGAUAAAAUAUUAAAAGAAGUUGUUACAGAUUUAAAUAUAGAUCAAAGUCAUGAAAAAGUUGAAUUAAUUGAUGAUAUACCAAUCUCUGAUGAAGAAUGGCAAGUUUAUUAUCUCUAUUUAGAAAGCAUAUUAUGUUUUGGUAAAAAAAUAUAAUGGGCAAAAGAAUAAAAAAUGAAGGAAGUAAUAGAAAAUAUUGCUUUUCUCUAUAAAUUAGUUUUUCUUAAAGCUUUAGGUGAUGCUAAUUAAAUAUGGUAUGCUGAAAAUUAAAGUUUUUUUAGAGAACUUAAAGGAGAGAAAUAGAUUAUAUUCAAUUUAUGGGGAAGACUCAAUAUAACUCCAGUUGCACCAUUUACAGAAUAUUUUAAAUCUACUGGUAGUGCAGGUUCAUCAUUAUGGAGAAAAUAUGAAAUUAAUGAAAAUAAACAUCGUUCAGAAUUUAUUAAUAUGGAGAAAAUAAAAAUAUCAAAUUCUAUUGUUUUAAAACACAUUAAUAUCUUAAAGAUGUUAUAAAUGUAAUAUAUUUUUGCUUAUUUUCCUAUUCAUGAUUUACAUCAAUUAAAAGGAUAAGGAGAUAAAAAGAAAUAAUUUUUUGAGCCUUUAAAAAAGAAUGGAUUUAUUAUAGACAAGGAACCUACUGAAGGUGAGAAAUACUUAAGAGAUUUAUUUAAAGAAUUAGCAGAUGAAGCUGAAUCAACAGAUUUUGAUUCUGAAAGUUUAGUAUAAGAAAGUUAAUUUAAUUAUAGAAUUCCAUGGUUUGUUCCUAUUGAUUCAAUAAGAGAUUAUUUUGGAGAGAAGAUUGCUUUAUAUUUUGAUUUUUUAAGUUAUUAUGCUAAAUAAUUAUGGUAUAUGGCUAUUGUCAGUAUAAUAACAUAAGGAAUAAUGUAUUCUGCUACAAUAGAAUUAAGAUAAACAGCUAUUAUUGGAUUUUCUAUAAUAAUUAUUAUUUGGAGUACUUUUUUUAUGGAAUUUUGGAAAAGAGAAUAAGUAUAUUUUAGUGUAAGAUUUGGAUAAUAGAAUUUUGAAGCUGAUGAAGCAGAACGUCCAGCAUUUGAAGGAGAUUUUAUAAGAUCAGUAUUAAAUGAUGAUUUAAAUGAAGAAUUUUAUUCUCCUUUUAAAAGAAAAAUGAAAUAACUUUUAGCAUUAUCUAUAAGUGCUAUUAUAAUUGGAUGUGUAAUUGGUUGUGUGAUUGGAAUCAAUAUUCUAAAAAAUACAUUAAUUGAAUAAUAACUUGAUUAAAAUCUAUCUAAUACAAUUCCUAGUAUUCUUUAAGCUGUUUCUAUUAAUUUUUUUAAUUUCAUUUAUAACAAAGUUGGUUAAUCCUUUAAUGUUUUAGAGAAUCAUAAAAUAUUAUCUACUUAUGAAAAUUCUCUUGUAGCUAAAUUCACUAUUUUUAGAUUUGUUAAUAAGUAAUUAUAUAUUUUAUUAAUUAAAUAGUUUCAUUUAAUUUUUUAUUACAUCCUUUUUAUCAAGUUACUUUGUCUAACUUAAAUUAUGUUAAGUUAAUUUAUCUAUCCCAAAUGAUUGUUUUUAAAUUCUAUCUAAUUAGAUGACAACUAUAUUCUUAACAAAUAUUAUAUCACUUUAAAUUCCUAAAUUAGUUGCUCCAAUUAUAAAAGCAUUUAUUUAAAAUGUAAUUAAUAUAAUAAUAUAAUUAUAUAGUUAUUAACAAAAAAGGAUGAAAAAUUAGUUGAACAUCCAUUUAAUUUGAUUGAUGAAGAAAUUGAAAGAUAAUUAAAAUUAGAACCUUAUCAAACUAAUGAAGAAGUAGAUGGAAGUGUAAAUGACUAUAUGGAAUUAGCUAUUUAAUUUUCAUAUCUUUCACUUUUUGGUUUAGCAUUUCCUGCUUGCUAUAUUUUAGCAUUUAUUUAGAAUGUACUCAAACUCUAAGUUGAUAAAUAUAAUUUCUUUAAUUAUUCAAGAAGACCAUUCCCUUAAGGUGCAUCUUCUAUAGGAAAUUGGUUGAUUAUAUUUGAAAUGAUAUCAUUUCUAGCAAUAUUCACAAAUGCUGGUUUGAUUGUUUUUACUUCAGAAAUUAUUAAAGAAAACUAAGUUUAAGUAUUUACUACACUUUUAAUUGUAUUCUUAACACUAAAAUAUAUUAUCAGAUUUUUAGUACCUGAUGAACCUGCAGAGGCUCUUGUAUUAAAUAGAAGACAUGAAUUUGUUGUUGAAAAAGCAGUUAAAGUAAAUGAUAAAUUAUAUCUAAUUAUUUUAGGGAUUUCAAACUGAAAGUAAUGCCAGAUAUUUAAUGUAAAAAAUUAAUAGAUAGAUUGGUGGUCCAAAAGAGACUAUAAGUAGUGAGGAAGAGUAUUGA